CAAGAAGGAGGCAGAGAGCUAAGAAGCAGGGAGAUUCAGCCCUGAAGGGGUACAGAGAAGAGUGUGGCGUCAGAGCCAAGGGAAUACUAGGGAACAAAGAGGGGAGCAGAAGGGGAUAUAGAGCAAUGCGGAGUGGAGCGGCAGGAGAGGGCAGAGUUGCCAUGGGGGGAAAGGGGCAUGGCUCCAAGAAGUCCCUUGCCCAGAGCCAUGGAGGCGUGGGAAGAGGGGGGCACAGAGUUGGAGGCGGCUGUGUUUGUAGCCCAGUAGUUCUGCACCAGCACUCACAGCUGGAGGGGGUUUUGUCUCCCUCCACUUUCUUUUCUCUUUCUUGUUUUUAGGAGUCAGAGUGUAACCACCUUUGCCCACCAGACUGUGGAAUAUGAAAUUGCCCCUGCACAUGGUUAUGAGCUUUAGGGUAUCAGAACUGCAGGUUCUCUUGGGUUUUGCUGGCAGGAACAAGAGUGGAAGGAAACACGAGUUGCUCACAAAGGCAUUACAGCUGCUCAAAUCUGGCUGCAGCCCGGCUGUUCAGAUGAAAAUUAAGGAGCUGUACCGGCGAAGGUUCCCGAGGAAGAUCUUAACCCCUUCAGACUUAUCCAUGCUCCAUAUUCAGACAGGGCAACUGCCCUCCGCCACUGCACUGACGCAGGGCAGCACAGUGUGUCAUUUGCCCUAUGAUAACAGUUCGGCAGCUUCUACAGUGCCAACGGCUAUGUUGCCUCCGGUGCCUAUGCUGGGACCCAAACAUGAGACGGAUGUUCAGCACUUAUCCCCACCCAUUCAUCCGGUCCAUCCAGAUGUCAAAAUGAAGAGGCUGCCCUUCUACGACGUUUAUGAUGAGCUGAUUAAACCCACCACGUUAGCAUCUACCAACAGCCAGCGGUUUGAAGAGGCGCACUUCACCUUUGCGCUAACACCUCAGCAAGUUCAACAGAUUCUCACUUCUAGAGAUAUCUUACCAGGUGCCAAAUGUGACUACACUGUACAGGUACAAUUAAGGUUUUGCUUGUGUGAAACCAGCUGUCCCCAAGAAGAUUAUUUCCCUCCUAAUUUAUUUGUCAAGGUCAAUGGAAAACUCUGCCCUCUGCCUGGCUAUCUACCGCCCACUAAAAACGGUGUGGAGCCAAAACGACCGAGCCGUCCCAUCAAUAUCACUCCUUUGGUGCGGCUUUCGGCAACUGUUCCCAAUACGAUCGUCGUGAAUUGGUCCUCCGAGUUCGGCAGGAACUACUCUCUGUCAGUUUACCUGGUGAAACAGCUGACUUCAGUCACACUGCUACAGAAGCUAAGAGCCAAGGGCAUUCGGAACCCAGACCACUCCCGGGCCCUGAUCAAAGAAAAAUUAACAGCUGAUCCCGACAGCGAGAUAGCGACAACGAGCUUACGGGUUUCUCUCAUGUGUCCGCUGGGUAAGAUGAGGCUAAUAGUGCCCUGCCGAGCCAUUACCUGCACCCACCUCCAGUGCUUUGACGCGGCGCUCUACCUUCAGAUGAACGAGAAGAAACCUACAUGGACCUGCCCUGUGUGUGAUAAGAAAGCCCCCUAUGACAGCCUGAUCAUUGAUGGGUUGUUCAUGGAAAUCCUCAACUCGUGCACGGACUGUGAUGAGAUCCAGUUCAUGGAAGAUGGCUCCUGGUGUCCCAUGAAGCCCAAGAAAGAAAACCAGGAGGUGUGCCCGACAUCUACGUACAAUGGGAUUGAGGCCAGCUCCCUUUACGCCGUGGGCUCCGAUGGAAAGCACUCCUUGGAGAGCAAAAAGCAAGUGGAGGUCAUCGACCUCACGCUGGACAGCUCAUCAGAUGAAGAGGAGCCUCCUAUCAAGAAACAGUGUCCUGUCUCCACUGUGGCCAUCCCGUCAGCAGUAGGGCCCAAGGGGGUGUUAAAUGUUGAUCACCAGCCAUCCUCGGUGCUUCGAAGUCCUCCCAUGGCAGCUAUCGGCAGCGACUAUCUCUCCAGCCUCCCAAUCCCUGAAUACCAUCCUUCCUACCAGGUGCCAUCAGAGAUUCAAGGUCUGGAUUUGUUUACCUUCCUUCAAAGUGAAAAUCAGCACUACAGCCCUUCCGUGAUCACCUCCCUGGAUGAACAGGACGCCCUGAGCCAUUUCUUCCAGUACCGAGGCACAUCUACCCAUUUCAUGAACCCCCUGGCUCCCGUCAUGGCAGGAUCCCACAACAGCAUCAGCCCCGCCAGCGGGCGCAUCAGCAGUAUUGUCUCCACCAACACGCUGCGGGAGAGCCAUGGGCACAGCGGGACAAUGAGUAACAGCACAGCUCUCCCGGGCUGCAGGCCGGACAUCAUUUCCUUAGACUAGCCCCAGACCCAGGCCACGCUGGCAUCUCGUUUCCCCCCAAGGAUGGGAGAGGGAAGCAGACUUUCAGCAGCUGCUGUUGAGUUGGGUUUUUGUCUGGGAUGGAAAGGACCCAGCCAAUAACAGGUCUCCUAAGUGUGUGUCCCCGUUACGUCCAGCCUUGGAGCCUCACAGGCGGGGCUUUCAGUUCUGCACGCGCUCGCCUGAGCAUACUGGUCCCGCUUGCUGCGGGGUGCCGGUGGGCAGGGGGUAAAUGCUAACCUCUGUUUUUCAAGACCAUUUUCAAACUGUUUUUAACUUUAUUUUUUGGUAGGAUUCCGCACAAAGAUCCUACAGUGAUAAUCCCCACCUUGUGCUGUCCUGUUAAAACAGCACCAUCUAGUGGCCAAAGCAGGACUUAGCAGCCAUUCCCUCCGGGGUGUCACCUUCUGCAUCCCUUUGCACCACACCACUGCUGACUCCCCGGAGUGGGGUGAAGAGAGAAACUUGUCUGAGUCCAGCAACCCUCUAGGCAUGGAUGGAAGGUGGGUGGGUGUCUUUCAGGGAGCUGCCCGCUGCUUUUAUGCACCGACACAAGCACUUUGGCAGUAGGGAUUGAUCUGGGCUCCUCGGGCAUUUUUGACUCCUUGAUCCUCUUCUUUGCUCCCCUCCUUCCCUGGGGAGUCUGCCCUCCCAACCCUGGGUUAGAGCAAAGAGCUGGUGACUCAGAAAGAGGCUAGCAAACUUCUGCUUCCAGCUACCCGGCUGUGCCGAGACCCUCUGCUGUCCCAGGCUUUAAAUAACCAAAUGGGCAGGAAAACAGAUUCAUAGAUUCUAGGACUGGAAGGGACCUCGAGAGGUCAUCGAGUCCAGUCCCCUGCCCGCAUGGCAGGACCAAAUACUGUCUAGACCAUCCCUGAUAGACAUUUAUCUAACCUACUCUUAAAUAUCUCCAGAGACGUUAUAACUGAGCCCUGAUUCCAAACCCCAUCCAGCAAAUAUGGACAUUCCCCAGCAGAGCCCUAGCCACGGAGCGGAGGGCGAAUCUGCAGCCUACGUGCACUUAAGUGUUCCCAUUAAGCAGGUGAGCAGUUGGGGCUCCCUCCCACCUUGCCCUCGAUUGUAUGCUCCAAAGCAACAUACAAACUCGGCUCUACUGAGCGAAUCCGUUCUCCAAACCCCGAUGCAAACCUCUCGUGUGUGUAACCGAAUGUGCUAGUGGGUGAGAACCAGAAAGAGAAACUGAUCGAUCCGUUUUCAAGGAGAAAAGAGAUUUUUUUUAAAUGUUUUUUUUUUUUUUAAAUUGAACAACCUGUGGCAUUACGAGUAGCGCA